UUCAAAACAAAGCAAGCGAACGAGGUCCUUUCACCCAUCGGAGAGACCUUUCGGUGAUGCGCAGCACGCGAGUUAUUUUCGCAAAGAGCAAACAUCAAUCCAUAUGAGGGAAAAACUUCGACGACGCGACGGUGAUUUGUCGAGCAUCAGAUUUAGUUGGAAAAGCCCAAAGCGGAAGCCACGAGCUAUUUUUUUAAGCCGCGUCUCCAAUUCUAUCAUCACCUUGACUUGAGAGCCCGAAGAAAGCCUUUGGCGUAGUUACCGUCGUGGACGACUCGACUUCAAGAUAAGACGGGUGUCGGCGGUUCGGUCCCGUCAAAAUGGGGACGGGUCGGGAGCGAGCAAACCCAUCGACACGCGCCAGGCAGCGGACGUGCUAGCCGACUAGCUAACAGUGAGCCGACCGAGUUGGCCACCGCGGAGCGGAGCGACAAACCUCAACGAAAAAGGCACCUAGCUAGCUUAGCUAAUCCUGCCAUUAUAAGCGCUGGGAAAGAUGAGCCCUACCACUUGCUAAUUGUUCAGUUCGAGGACGUUCUGUUCGUGAGGUUUUGUUGUCGUAGCAAAAAAAAAAAAACAGCUGACACGGACUUCAUUUUGGGUUGUUACGUAGACCUAUUCAUUUAUCUACUACAAGAAGAGACUGCAACAAAAUACCAGCAGUCAAUUUUGGUUUGUAACUGAACAUUUCAGCAAACAAUUGGUAAAAAAAAAAAAAAAGUUUUAAAAAUGUGUACACUACAUUAUUAUGCUGGCGUCAAAAAAAGUGCAAAUUGACGAUGAAUCCUCAUUGAAACUUUCUUACCAUUCACAACUUUGUUAUUUGUAGAAAAUAACUUGAGGGGGCGCUCACAUGCAAUUUUUGACUCGACAGUUGUUAUUUCCCAUAAUUACGACACCACGUGAAGGCGGCGUAAGCUCGUUUUGAGGCUAGCGUGACCGGCAAGCGCGCCUCGUUCACGGGAAUGCUCGCCGCUCAUCUUCCGGUCCGUUCAAACAGCGGUCACGGGACCGAGAGCCUUUCCGUCGGCCCGACCGCGACACGCGCGAUGACCGCCCAGACGCCCCGGGGCGGUGCCCUCGACUGAAGCGCCGGCCGGAUCGGCGAUGGCGAGCCGCAGGAAGUCCGGCACGCCGUGCAUGCUCCCGUCCCGGGAGGAACGCCCCUCGGGCGAGAGGGCGGCGGACGCGGGCCGGUCCCACAACCACGAAGACAGCGGGGCAGAGGGAGCCCAUGAGAUCGAUUACGAAGAGCUCGAGACGCAUGACGCGCUACGUCGCCCGGGCCGGGACAAAUCGACACGCGAGCCGGCGACGGAGGACGCGGCGAGCCCCGUCGAGACGGCGAGGGUCGAGGACCCGGGGCGGAAGGGGAUCGCCCUCAGCAAGACGCCCAUCAUGAGGUCCCGGCCGGAACCCAAGAAGUUCGCCGCCUCGCGUCAAACGGUCGGCGAAGAGUUCAUCGAAGUGGGGAAUGAGGACGAGGAGGAGACGGAUGAGUACCGAGAGCUGCCCGCGCCACCGGUCGCGACCGCCGCCCGGCUCGUCCCUGUGUCGGCGCCGCUUCAAAUCCAGACAGGGACGCAGAGUUUCCUGGUCAACGGGGCCGACGUGCUGAAUGGCGCCCUGCCGGUGGGCGCUCUGGCCCAGGUCCUGUCGGUUUUACAGAAGCGGAACCAGAUGCAGCUCCUCAUCCCGGUCAGCAGCAUCCCGACCUACGACGCCGCCAUGGACGGCGACGUCCUUCUGCUGGGCGCCUACAACAGGUUUCCUUAUCCCGCGCCGUCGGAGACAGAGGCGCUGGCGGCGCGGACCGGCUUCGCGGAGGAGAACGUCAAGCUUUGGUUCUCGGCUCAGAGACUGAAACGCGGCGUCAGCUGGACCCCGGAAGAGGUGGAAGAGGCGCGCCGAAAGAAGUCCAACGGCGCGGCGCAGACGCUCCGACAAAGCCCGCCUCCGACCAUUGCCGUUAUCCCCGUCCGGGCGGCCGCCGACGGCGUCUUCCGGACGUGCCGGAUCUUGGGUGGGCCGGGCCUGGUCCUCGCGCCGCCACCUGGAGGCGCGAGCCUCCCUGCGGCGGCCCCCGGGGAGAAAGCGGCGGAAGGCGCCGAGCCCCAGGCCCAAAAGGCACAGUCCUCUUGCGCCUCCAAACCCAAAAAAUCCAAAGAGCAGCUGGCCGAGCUGAAGGCCAGCUACGGCCGGCGCCGGGUGGCCACCGAGGCAGAGAUUUCGCGCCUCAUGCGGGUCACCGGACUGUCCAAGCGCGCCAUCAAGAAAUGGUUCAGCGACACGCGCUACAACCAGAGGAACUCUAGGGAGCCUCGGCGGGAAAGCGCGGCGGCCGAAGGGGAUGCCGGCGAGGAGGCGAGCGGCCCCGGCGAAGAGCCGGCAGCCCCCUUGCCGGUAGCCUCCUCACCGGUCACCCCCUCGCCGGCCGUCCCCGCGGAGCGCCGCGGAAAACUCCGCCACGCCUUCCCGGACUUCACGCCCCAGAAGUUCAAAGAGAAGACUUCGGGGCAGCUCCUCAUCCUGGAGUCCAGCUUCCGCAAAAGCCGCACACCGUCCGACGAAGAGGUGGCGCGCUUGCGAGCGCAGACCAAGCUGACGCGUCGCGAGGUGGACGCCUGGUUCAGCGAUCGGCGCAAAGGCCGGGCGCGCGAGGCGGGCGUGCCGCCCUCCGGCCGCCGAGCGUUGAAGAAAACCCCGGCGCAGCUGGACGUCCUGAAGAAAGCGUUUGUGCGCUCGCGCCGGCCGACGGCCAGGGACUACGACCGGAUGGCGGAGGACAGCGGCCUGCCGCGUAGCUACGUGGUCAACUGGUUCGGGGAGACUCGCUACGCCGUCAAGAACGGCAGCCUCAAGUGGUUUGACCUCUACUGCGCCGGCAAGGAGGCGCGAGCGUCGCCGGACGGAGCAGCCAGAAUGCCCAAGAAGUCCAAGAAGCGUUUCCGGGGCCGGUCCGGGAAGUCGCGGCGGCCCUGCGCCCUCAAACGGGAAGCGGACGCACCCGGCCAGGCAAAGAGCGGGAAGGCCUUCCUCAGGGCUUACUUCCUCCAGCGGCGAGACCCGAGCCGGGACGAGGAGCGCCCGGACGACUCGGCGGCUGGGGCCGACGUGAGCGCGCGGAAGGUCGGGGAGCGGCGUGAGGACGACGACCGAGGAGGCGCCGACCGAGACCCGGAACGUCCGCGGGAGGAGGAACCCGCUCCGAGCCCGACGUGAGCGACGGCCGCUUCCCAUUUUUCAAAAAUACGACAAAGGACACGCUGUUCUGUUUUUUUUUUUUUUGCCAACAAAAUAUUUUGGCCUUUUAACUUGUUUCCUCUCAGUGCGCUUUGUUGGGAGAGCAAAUUUCCAACUUUCUUGUGAAAAGUCCAAAGAAUUGCACAUUUUUUGGAUACAAACAGUCGUCCGAUCAUCCUUCCGUCAAAGACUAUUCCGAGUAGACAUCUAAUGUCAACUGAUCUUUCCCGACGACGGUCAUUUUCCUAUCAUUUAAAGCAUUCAACUUUUCCUUCCCGGUGGCCGCACGGAUGCAUCUGCGCUUUGUUGAAAAAGAGAAGACUGACGGAUGGGAAUUUUUCAGCUCGAUCGCCCGUUCAUUGCAAACAAAUCUACCUACGUUUUGACACGUCUAUUUUGAUACUUCCGCUGUUAUGUCAAUAUUCUAUCUUGAACAAUAAACACCAUUUACUGCUCAUCGUACAACGAGGCUAUGAUCUCACAAUACCGAUAUUCUAUUCUUGGAUACGAAAUGGUUAGUGGUCAAAAGGCACUAGAAAAUGAAUAUACUUAAAAAAUAUGACUCAUUUGCAGCAACGACGUUGUCGUCAAACAAGUCGACGGACAUUCGACCUACGGGGGGGGGGCGGUUGCCACGCGCACGCUCGGUAGCGCUUUGGGCAGCGAUUCAACGGGGAGCGAAAAAUCGACAUUUCACCAGAACACCCUGGCUUUUAAUCUUCUCUGUGCUUAGAUGAGAUGCCAUCUACCGUAUUAGCCCCAAUAUAAGACGGCCCUGAUUAUCAGACGACCUCCUCUUUUUCAAGUCUCAAGUUUGAAAAGAAAAAAAAAUUUUUUUGAACACCAAAUUGUUUUAUACAGAAAAUAAUUACAGUACAUCUGAAACAAAUGAUUAUAAAAAUAUAUUUGAGAAAAAAUGUUAUUUAGCCUCAUUCAAAUCUUAAUAUCUGAACAUUUAAAUAUGUCAACUAAAAUGCAAUCACAUUCGUAAAUGAAUGGCUUCUGGUUUUUAAAAUGUAAACCAAUCUAUUUUGAUAAAACAACAAAAUUGCAAUAACCAUCAAAGUGAGUUCUAACUGUAACUGUAGUCUUGAAACAAAUCUGAAUAAGGAAAAACAUUUCAAUAAUGCAAACUGGUUAAACUUGAGAGUAGCUGAGAUCUUUCAUGACAGAACAUCGCUUGGAUGAUAUCUGGCGCCAUCGAGCGUCGUGAAUGGGUAUAAUGUCUAGACUGCGAAUAUCAGACAACCCCCUCUUUUCCAGUCUUAUUUCAAUGCAAAAAACACUGUCUACUACGGUAUUUAUUCUCCUUCUUUGCAAAAGACAAUUACAAAUACAUAUCUGACGUUUGCUUGUUUUUGUGGCCGCGCCCCUGCGAGUAUAUUCGGAGAUGGUCAAAAAUUGGGAGUCGACUUGACUUUUUUUUUUUUCUUUAUUGACACUGCAUGAUGAGUACAUAAGCAACAGUGUUUUAGAAAGUUUUUAUUUUGUUGCACUGCAGAGGCAAUGAGAAUAUAGCAAAUCUAACACGUGUAGCUAAUGUCAAGACAGAAACAAUUGUACAACAUUUAAAUUCAAUACUUCACCUAAUAUUUGAUUUUCCUCUGGGGUCACCAAUACUACUAGUUCAUUGAGAUAUAUGAAGAACUACGAGCUAAAAAUAAAAACACGUGAUAAGCGCACACAAGCUUAAAAUGGAGAAGAAGAAAAAAAAAAGGAUGCUUGGUAGGUUAAAUGAAGAGUUAAAUGUGCUUCUAUAUUUCACUGGAAUACACUCAAAGUUUCUAGAGUAGGAAAAGUCAAAAUGGCUCACUGUUGUCAUUAUAAUAAUCAUCCCAAUUGUUUCUAUAUUGAUGGACCCAAAGAUGGCCAGAAAUCAUUUGGAAUGAGUUCAAUGAUGAACUAUUGUAGCGAUACACCAAAGUAAAGAUUGAUUUCAUUUGGACCCCGCCCGACAGACAGAAGGCAAACGCACCAUUGGAUUGGCCAUACGAACCCAACCUAAAAUCAUAAAAAGAUGCAAGUAGGGAGCCACUGAUUAAAGGGAACCAAUUUCAAGUAUUGAAAAGCACUUGCGUGAAGUCGAUACUGUCGCUAAAGACUAAAAGCUAUCUGUUCGUCCGUCCGUCCGUCCGCCCGCCCGCCCUGGAUGUUUUGAGAAAAACUUCAAUUAUAAUUGUUAAGUUUGUAGAUGGACAGCGAGCGAGCCGACGGGUCGGUGGCUUUGAUCCACCGCGGCAUCCAGAAAUGGGGGAGUAACUCGGCGUGCCCGGGAUAGUGCUUUUCAAACACCUGUCGGAAGUAGUAGGCCUCUUUGGUGAAGGGAGCGUUGUGAGGAAACGUCCCCGGCGCGUUGGCCAUCUGAUCGUCGGUGACCUGUCGAAAGACCGGACGAAAAGGGCACGGUUGAACGGAACGGCCGGCGUUAUCCGCCGCGGCGGAACAGGGCCCGAGAAACCGUCGAAAACCGGACGAAAGUUACGCCGUGAGAUUAAAGUCGCGUUAUUACGCGCGGCCCGAUUAGCCGCGACGUUCAAAUCCACGAUAUCGAGAGCGUACGAUGUUUUAGAAUGGCUUUCACAAAUAAGGACAUCUUUUGACCUUUGGUGACAUCCGAUCGGCGUCGUGCGAGGUAGAGCUCUCACAAUUAGAGCCGCCGUGCCGCGCUGGCAAAAAUCUAAUAUUUGGGAUAAAGAAACUUUCUUCUGGACAAAUCCGUUGAAAAAUGUACACUGUGGAAAAACAACAGAUUUCCCCCCCCCCCCCCUCACAAAGCUACCCGAGUAAAUGGAAUUAAAAGUACAAGAGGCUCGGACAUCGAUGCGGCGGGGGGGAUUUGGCACCGAACGUUCGGAUCGGACGGAUAAAACCGUCUUUGAGUCGGUCGAAACGGUACGACGGCGGUGAGCGGACGACACGUACCAGAGACCCGAUGUGCUCCUCCAGGAAGAUGUACCAGGACUUGUUAAGAGACAUGACGCCGUCGCUAAAGGCUUCCUUCCUCCUCCAGAGGAUUUCAUCGGGGAUCAAUUUGGAAUCUCUGAACGAGUCCCUCAAAAGGUAUUUCUCCAUGCCGUGCUGCGGACCAAUUUCCGAGACGUCACCUGGGAAAGUUAUCGAAGGGGCGGCGGGGGCCACUCACCCUGGGAUUUCUCAUCUCCUCGGGCAGGGACAGGUAGUACGCAGUCAGUCUGUGGUCCAGGAAGGGUACGCGGAGUUCCAAACUAAAAUGCGGGGGAAUCGGGGUUUUCAACGCUCGCCGAGAGGCCAGGGGUAUCAGAGUCCGGUCCCGGCUCGUUUUCCCGCAUCUCUUCCGACACGGCCGACUCAAAUAAUCGAGCUCCAGCCGACCAUUUGAUUCGGGUGCGUUAAAGGAGAGAAAAGGAGCUCUCCGGGACCGGACUCGGGACAGGCGAAGGUAGCCGCCAGUUACCCGUAUGCAGAAGUGGUGCGAUCGGCGCGCAGAUUAUCAAACAGGUAGAGUUCUUUCAGCAGUCGAACGCUCUCGUCCGCUCCCGCUUUGGCGCUCGGGGCCUAAACAAAACACACGGUGGUGAAAUCCGAGCAUAUUUGACUUGAUUGUACUAAAAACAUAUUGACUUCAACGUGAGUACGGUCAAUAUUUGAUGCUUGCUGAGAAAACAUCUCCGUUCUGUCAUGAUUGUUGACUUAACCACUCUUCCGUCACCCGUCGUUAACACGAGCGGGAACAUUCUCUUCUCGGGAUAAACAUUGCUAACGUAGCGGAAUUAGCGGCCGCCGGCGUUUACUUCGUAAAAGGGCGUACGACGGUUACGGCAUCUGAUCCGCUGUCCGUUUGGUCACGUUCGGCCAUUUCUAAGUGGCACGGAAAUGCAAAUGGCCUUCAUCAACACAAAAGACCUGGACACGGUACCCGUCGGGAGCAGAACAUUCAAUGGCUUAAAAUCUCUUUUGAUGUGGUAUACUAAAGUACCAUUGACCUUGGAGUGGCACAAACCCGCACGGGUCCAGAUUGGCUGCCUGCCUAUGAAAUGCAACCCCAAAAUACUCCUAUUGAUUCAUCUUUACUCAGUGGUUGCCCACCAAUGGCAGGGCACAUCUUGCCAAAUGCCUCUGAGAAUCGGGAGCAUGUGCCUGUUUUUGGGAAAGGGAAAAAAGCCACGCGAGCGCAUGCCAACUCGCGCUACCCCAUUUCUUUUAUAUAACGGCGGCAGCGCACAAAAGAAAUGUAAAGGUCGAAAACGGUGGUACUUACCUUGUGGAAGUAAAUGUAGCCCUGCGUGAGCUCAUCCGAACCUUCUCCGGAGAAGAUCACCACACUAUCCGUCUUCUCACGGAUGUAUUUGGAAACCAAGUACAUUCCUACGGUCGAGGGAAAAAAAAGGGUUACAGAGCUCAUCUCAUCAUGUUUGAAAGGUAAGGCCGGUCCAGCCCUCAUCUAUUGCGCCAGACCAAUUGAAGCGUAGGAGCUAAAAUUGUCACCGAGAUGGAUUCCGGCAAUGGAAAGACAAGAGAUCUGGCCAUUUGGUCACGACCAGAGAAAUGAUUUGGAUUUCCUUUGAAUUCGGGACGAGAUCCGUUUUGUCAAGUAAGAUGCCACGGAGGUGUGUCAACUCGGGACUUUUAGAGCUGGCGGCAAUUGCGCACCGCCGCUCAAACCGGGAAGGCCGUCCAACAGAGAAAUGUUUGAAAUGGACGCGACGGGGGGGGGGGCUCAUCCGUCUCUGGCGCCGUUUCGCGGCUUUUCCCCUUACCUACGGAGGCACGUAUGGUGGUGAUGUCAUAGGUCUCCAGGCACACGAUGACUUUUUCCACGGCCCGAAUGCCUUCUUCCGCAGUGAACUUGACCUCGUGGUGUUCGCUGCCGAUGUAAGUGGCCACCUUGGACACAAAAGACUCAGACUUGCCAUUUUUACCGUCGGCAUUUGCGGCUUACCUUACGAGCGGCUAAAAUGUCAGGGCUGUCUUCUGUCCCAAUGGCAAAUGUUUGGAUAGGAUAUUUUAGCCCUGCUUCUUUAGCCAGUUUCACCAAUGUGGCGGCAACCAAACUUGAAUCCAGACCCCCUGAACAAUACAGAGUACAUACGGUGGGGAGAAACAAAACAAAAAAAGAGCUCUCCUGCUGGUGGGUGGAGAUUUCUUGGAUUCACUCCAAAUAUCCCCAAAACAAUACUAAGAAAUAUGUGUGACAGAAUCAACUACUGUCAUGCCACUUGUUUGUCGUUUUAUAUACGUGAACCUGAGGCUCCCUGUUCUGAUGAUCUUGUCCUGCCUAUUAUUAGGUGACUCUCUAGUGACGAGCACUUUUCUUCAAAACAAUGUACCGAAUGGGAAAAAAAUGGAUCAUGAUUCUGAGGGACUCCGCCAAUAAAAUGUGUCAUGCAGCUCUUUGGGUUAAGCGUCACGAGGGGGCGACAAAACGGGAUGGAUAAAGCAGGGCAAUCGGCGCACAUGUUGGCAAAUUGAGACCGCGAGCGGAGGAACGUGGCGGGAUCCGGCCACAAAUUGUCCAUCACCACCAAAUGGGAUUGGAAAAAGCAACGGAAGGAGGAGUGCCUGUCCCGUCUUUGUGGAAUUUUAGACAUAACGGAAGGCAGGCCGGCUCCUUCAAACCGGUCGAAGGUCGGUCGGUCCGGCCUCGACCGCACAAACGCUCGUCUCCGGCUUCACCUGGAGAGAGUGCUCGGAGCCAGCUAUUUUGCCACCGAAAGAAGCCGCUUUCGGGAAGAAACGUCCCUCAAAGAUGACGUACCGUAGGCUCCGUUUAGCGGAAGGGUUUUCAUCACCGGCAUCUGCCUGUGACAACGAUGACUGACUGCGUGAAGCGCUCGCGGCUCGGAAUCUACGUGACCCCAUUUUUAUCGCGGCCCCGGGUCGAGCGAGGUUUAAAACGGCCCGCCUCGACGCGCUCCCGAGAUGGCGUAGCACUAGUCUGUAUCUGAACAGCUGAUUUGUAGCUUCAUUUGUCAACUACAAUGGUCGACGCCUCGGUCCAUCCGCUGAAAAAGCGCUCUUACUCGGAAGGUUAGACUGCAUUGGCCGGUACUUUGUAUCCAUUUGAUACGGGUAGACGUUUUGCCACAAUAGGGAAGGGUCACGACGUACCUGAGAGAAGACAACCGAUCCUCCUGUUGGCCAUGAGACGUUUCCGAACGGCAUUCUCAAACAGCGUCCUGAUGUUCCCCUUCACGACGUUUUCGUCAAAGCCUAAGAAAGGCGGACAUUUGACAGACGGCGCCGUCGAGCGCACCGACGACUCGGUCGUUCUUACUCGUCGGCAGUCUCCCCGCGGUGUCGUAGACGGCGUGAGCGGGCGCGUCGGUGCAUUGGUGGAAGGGCUCAAAUUGAACGGAUUUCACUUUGCCGUCCGUCUUCAAUUCAAAGACUUGAAAAUGGCUCGGGAGAAAGGGGACGACUUUAGCACGCGUGUCCAGGGCGCGGACGACGUUCAUAAGACCUGGAAGAAAAUCCAUCAUCACGGCUCGUGACGUGCGCCUCUCUCCGACGGUUCAGUGCAAAUGCAAGCGAAGCACUACCAGAUUUUGGAAGGAAUCAAAAAUCGCCGACCUUAGUUUUCAGACUAUGAAGCGCACUUGAAAGACUUUAGUUUUCUUUGUAAUCCGGUGAGCUGUUGCGGAUGCGAUGUAUUUUGUCUGCUCUGGUAAAGUGCUCAAGAAACGCAAGAAUAAAACAAUAACUGCAAUGUAAAAAUACUGUAUAUUGAUACACUAUUGCGCCAUAUGAUCAGGUGCAUCUUCUGUAUGAAAAAACAAAGUCCUUCACGGAUGACACGCCGGCCUUAUAGUCCGAAAAAUACAAUCGUUUUUUCCUUCUGGAGCCAAAGGCCCUUCUCAAUAAAUCAAAUCAUCUUGCUAAAUGAUGUUUUCUUGACAUAACACGCAUUUGCCGGCGGCAACGGGCAAAUCUUUUUUCAGGUCGGGUACGCCAACGAGGCGCAUUUCGACUCCGUUUCGGCGUACGUACGCCAACGAGGUGCAUUUCGACUCCGUUUCGGCGUACGUACGCCAACGAGGCGCAUUUCGACUCCGUUUCGGCGUACGUACGCCAACGAGGCGCAUUUCGACUCCGUUUCGGCGUACGUACGCCUUCCGUUACCUUUGGCCUCGGAGCUGACGCCCAGUAAUCCGUCGUCGGUAAGGAGUCUAAACAAAGGGCGGACGCCGUACGUGUCCCUUCCGAGGCAGACUUUGCUUUCGCGGGUGUCCAAAAGAACAAAAGCGAAAGUGCCGUCCAGCAGAGCCGCCGCCUUUUCCACGCCGAAGCGAUCGUACAAGUGGAGCAAAAUCUCACCGUCCACUUCGGUUUGGCAGUCGAAGCCAAACUGCUUCUUUAGCUGUGGGAGAAGGUAGAAGAACAAAGUCGGGUGUAGAUUUUCUUUCUCUAACAGCGGAGAUACCGAAAGGCGACAUCUCGGCACCAUUUCGACGGCGGUCGUUCGUCAUAAAAUGCGGUCGAGUCGAAGACGGUAUCAUCGUAAAACGUUGCUGUGGCACAAUAAAAAAAAAAAACCAAAACAUUCUUACUGUGAGGUGGUUGUAAAUCUCUCCGUUGUAGCACAGCCAUAAAAAAGGGAAUUUCUUGACACGCAAAGGCUGCAUGCCGUGCAACUGAUCCAGAAUAGCCAGACGGUGGAAGCCCAAGCAGCAGUUGGCCAAGCCGUGGAUAUUCUCGAAGCGGAAGGCGUCCGGGCCCCGGUGAGCGAUCUUCACGGCGUUGGCGCACUGGGACGACAAGCACUCGUCGCUGCCGAACAUAGCCCAGAUACCGCACAUCUCGGAUCUGCGGUAUACGGUAGUGAGACACGUCAAAAACAAAUGACGAAACGCCACGGAAUCAAAUGAUUCCAUUGGGAUUUGAAUUUUUUUCCCUCCACCUCACAGCUCUGGGCGUUCGACCGCACCGGUACGAUUUCUCCAAAGUAAAUACAUCAAUCCCAAUGUCAGAACUUGGUGAAAAUCACGAAAACGCUCCAUUGUUGACAAUCUGAAUGAAUUCGACUCAAAAUGUACGUACGGUACAGGUACAAGGUUUGGAGUGGAGGGGACACACCUUAUUCAAUGCAACCCAAAUGAAGGUCCACUCUUAAUUAUCCCUGUGAAGUCAAAACCAUUUUAGGUGACUCCCUCUUGAAAUGAUGCAUAUUUUUUAAAGUUAUUUUGUCUUUUUUUUUGCCAAGUGCAUCAUUUCACACGUGUUCAUUCAUAGUUUAAUUACCUUCGGUGAGAAUUUACAAUGUAAAUAGUCAUGAAAUGAAAGAGAAAGGCACAAAUGUCCAAACUUUUGGCCCGUAUCGUACGUGGUGAACGAGGACCCUUGAAUUCUGAGACAUCUGGAGAAAGAGCGGGGUAAAGCAACUCCAGACACUUUGGUUGUGCAACCAAACGAGAGAACAAUAGCAUCCUUUUUUUCCCCACCCCUCCAACCCCAUGCUAAUUUUGUUUUCUGUCGUAGCAGGAAAAAAAGCAAUGCCAUAUUGUCAUACGCUAAUGGAGGUAUUAUUCCCCCAGCAAUGCAAAUAUUGACCAAAUGUAUUGGCAGGAGCUUAUAACCCAAAAAACAAACAAGACACUAAUGUAAUCUAGUCCUAAAGGCAAGAAGGAUUGUUGAAAUUUUGCUGGCUGCCAGCAGGGAGGCCUUUUUUUUUUUUUUUUUUAAAAAGGGCAUAGGGAUUUCGUUACUUCCAGUCACCACUCCUUUCCGUUUUACCCUAUUCAAGAUUAAGAUACAGUGCCCUCCAUAAUUAUUGGCACCCCUGGUUAAGGGGUGCCAAUAAUUAAGCGAAACAGCCCCACAGUAUCACUGACCCACCCCCAUACUUCACAGUGGGUAUGAGGUGCUUUUCAGCAUGCGCAUUUUGUGGCACGCCAGACCCACUUAGAGUGUUUGUUGCCAAAAAGCUCCAUCUUGGUUCCAAAGGGCCUUUGGAAUCUUCGCUUCCGAGGGCCCUGGGAACCUUGUUAGGGUGCACGGCAUCAUGAAUGUGUUGAAAUACCAGGACAUUUGAAAUCAAAAUCUGUUGCCCUCUGCCCAAAAGCUGAAGAUGGGUCGUCACUGGGUCUUUCAGCAAGACAAUGACCCUAAACAUAUGGCCAAAUCUACACAGAAAUGCUUCACCACACCCAAAAUCAAGCUCCUCCCAUGGCCAUCUCAGUCCCCAGACCUUGUUUUGUUGGCAAAAGGGGGUUGUACAAAGGGGUGCUAAUAAUUGUGACACACAUUAUUUGAUGUCAAAUGAUUAUUUCUUUAUUCAGUAGGGGGAAAAAUCCCACAUAAAUGCACUUGUAUUGAAGGUUGGAUUUUUCUUCUUUUUUUCCCCCAUUAAGGUCCCAUAUUAUUUGAAUUAAAAAAAAUAUAUAUAUAUAUAGCAGAAGCUAAAAAACACAACUUAACCAGGGGUGCCAAUAAUUAUGGAGGGCACUGUAUAAGCUUUAAACGUAAUACUUGUGAUUUAGAUCAAAUGUUUAGAUUUAUGCAUUAUAUACAAUAAAUAUUUCUCAUUUUAAACUUUCGAUUUAGCGCAGAGGUUUCAAUAUUUAGAUUUGAAUGAAGUACAUAUUUAUCUCUGGUCGAAAUGUAACACUUAUCAUUUAGAAUGAGAUACUGACGUUGCUAAAUAUUGUUGUGAAUAUUUUCAGCUUCCGAAGUCAGAAAAUGAAGAAGAAUACUGAAAAACGCUUUUGUACACAGUCCGUCUUUCGGCUGGCUCAAAAAAAAGACAUCUGACAGGAUAUUUACAUUUUCAGAAUUACUGCGUUUGCAAGGUCUUAGUACUCUGUCUUAUCAGAAUAUGGCAUUCGUUUUCAACAAUUAACUCCAUUUUGCAGCCAGCCAACUUGGGUUCCUCUAAUUCUUUAGACCAUCUUCAUACCAAGGGCGUAGGUUUGUAUAGGGACGGUAGGGACAUAACACUAGCAACUUUUCAGGAUGCUCAAAUUGUCCCCAUCUUUUAAGCAUCUUUAUUUGCAUUUUAUAAUGAGUUCAGUUAAAUACGGUAGGUAAUUUAGAUUGCCUUCCCAUUUGUUGUAAGGAUACAAUUGACCCGACCAUUAUUAAGUGAAUUACUUUCAUUAUGUUCAGAUUGACAUUUACCCCUUUUCACUUGCUGAAUGUGCCGGGCCAUCCCCCCCCCCCCCAAGCGCACGUUUGAUCGGCUGAUGACUAGAACCCCCACAUUCACACAAUCCCGACAAAUACACGUCAUCGUGCCGCCUCCUUUGAAGAGGAGGGAUAUUAGAAGUUUUUUCCGGCCAGCGGCAGCAGCCACAGUAAGUCAUGUAAAAAGACGUCAAUGUCGGGAACACGCCACUAAUUUUGCUACUGAAUGUCUGACCUGCAUCACAGUUAGCAUCACCACAUUAAACUAUGUGAACUUGUAAACCUGUAAAACUCGAGUACAAAGCUGCUUCGAGAGCAGUCUUCCUGUAUGUUUUCUGUUAAAUGCAAAGUUGAAUUGAAAAUUAAAAUGUGUAUUUUCUGCAUUUUUAAAAAAUAUAUACAUUAUUUGCAGCCCUUGCACAUUUUGACCCCCCCCCCCCCCCAUCCUUUAUAUGAAGUAUUUUGAAAAUGGCUUUCUCCGAUGAAAAUAAUUUGAACUUUUUUUCCAUAGGAACUAGCCAUUUAUGAAGAAUGUAGCCAAUCUUUUUAGUCUCAUUAAUGUCCCGUCCUUCCCAAGCAGCAGGUAGCGCGGCAGCAUAAGCAAAAACUUCCCAGUUACUGCACGAUACCCAAACAUGUGCCUCUGUCCAGGUUAUGCAAAUGAGAGGAUUACUUUGUCAAUUAAAUGCAAACGUGUAACACAUGUUAAUACACGAAAGGGGGAAACUAGGAUAUAAUUACCAAAUUGGGUUCCACCUCACAAAUGUCCAAAAACAACGGUACACACGUCUCCAACUUCACGCGUUGGACGUGUCAAAAUGAAAUUGAAAAGGCAUGCCAAAUCUCUUUCUGUGGUCAAUUGACUUGAAAUAGCCGACAAGUGGAAUCGUGACGAGCAACGUUUUGUUAAACGGAACAAGUUCAAGUCUCAAGUUACCUUGUUCUUUCAAAGUGGCGCGUCUAAGUAGGCUGCUGACGGUUCAAGUGCGGCUCCGGCUGUGAAUGCCGUCUGGUCAGGCAGGCGUGCACCGCAUCUUCAUUUUUUUCCCCUCUUUCAUCGCCCUUACGUAAACGGCAGCGAGUCAUUUCAAAAUAAAAGCAAAAUCGCCCAUCACUUUUCUUUUGGAAAUAUUCCAUGCGGUCACUAUCCCGGAUAUGAGAAAGGGAGUGCUCUCAAAAUUUGUAGUAGUUUUCUUUGAUCUGCCUCUACCCCCUUGUGUCGUCUACUUGCAUUUUACUCACAACCAUUAAAACCGGUACCGUGAAGCAUUCUUUAUUCUAGACGUGACAAAAAAAAAAAAAAAAAACACAUAAAAGACAAAAUAACACGUGUUUUACGCAGAACACCGACAUACAGUCUAAGAAAAGGCAGAUUCCAGAGUUCCAUCCGUAACAGAUUCUUCUGUCCAGUUUGUUUUCCAUCCUUCAACACACCUGAAUCAAAUAAUCAGGAGAUGAUCAUUUGAUUCAAGGAGGGAAAAAAAAGCUCCCCAGCUGCUCUAUCCAAAGGCCACUUUGCCUGGUGAAGUGGCAUCCCAUUUAGAUAUCCAAAAACGGCAGAUUAUCAUUUCCACAAUGAAUUAACCUUUAAUUGUGCUAGAGGGAGUAAAUUUUUUUUUUUUUUUUUUUAAAGUUUCAUCCGGAAGACAAUUUGAAUUGAAUUUCACAAGUAUUUCCAUGAAUGAAGUUACAUGAGACUCAUUUUAUAAAGGUUUGUCCAUUUUCUGGAUGUAUUUCUCGUUUAAAAAGAAAAAGACCAGCUUUUAUUUGGAAAUCAAAUCAGGCAUUUUAUUGACAGAAAACAUCUGAAAUCCGUUGUUCCCGGAAGUCAUGCCAAAAACAAGGAUUUUGUUUCUUCGAGUUGACAUUCACGAACAAAGAAUAACGGAGACGUCGGUCACGUAAAACCCAAAUGGAGUCGGAAGGCUGUUGCGAGCGCACGCCAUACAUAAGAACAAGGAAGGACGGCCCCUUCUCAAAAUAACUGUUGGUCUUCAAAUGAACAUACUGUACUUGCUUUAUAUUUCAGCAAACGCUGCGCCACAGAAUAUCCAUUCCUAAGUGCGCUUAAAGCCAAUUUCAUUCUAAAAUAUGUAUCGUGGUAAAUAAAUAGGGUCGCCGUGUGAAACGGACGGCUGAUGGUUUAACACACAUUGCAAAAAGUUAUGUGUGCGCAUAGAACUCAACAGACUUUAGGAAAUCAUUCAAGCUAAAAAAAAAUAAAGUUGAAUAAAACGUAAUAUAUUGUAGUAUUGCCAUGGUGCAUUAUUUUUUCCCCUUCCCACCAAACCACACUUGACUAUGACGUAUAGAUUGUAGGAUAGCAUGCACGUAAAUUCCAUUGCACGUUGUUACCAAAAGGGCCGGCCGGUCUGCGCUCCCCGCUUUAAUUACAGAGGCUUGUAACAGGCAUCUGGUUGCCACAUGCGCAAAUCCAUUAAAACCUGGUUCAGCUUCUUCAUCCAUACAUUCCUCUCAUCUUUAGUGUCCGUACUCAGCCAGUUUCUGCAUAAGAAAACAAUUAGGAACACGUUGAAAUGUUUUGCACAGUAAUGCGCCGCUCGCACGCUCGCGAUGAUGAAAAAAAAAAGACAUGGCUUUUUUGGAAACAACAAAUGGGCGAAGUCACUUUUUGCAUGUUACAAUUUGACCAGCAAUGUCAAACUUAUUUCAUUUUUGGCCUUUUCGUUUGGACUGGACCCAUUCGCCUCUCCCGGUAAAAAUAGAUUGGAUGGACGAGCAUCCCAAGCCUUCCCAGUUGAAAGUAAAUUGGACCUCUGUGGUUGACCAUUUUGUGUCACUUCACAUUGUUACAGCGAGUCCCUCCUUUUCAAUUUGAAAUCUUUUUUUUGUUUGUUUUCAUUCCCGAGCUGCUUCCCGUCACGAAAGGGACGGAGGUAUCUCAGACACGGGACUUUAUUGAAGUUGACAGGCAAAGGAAACAAUCAGGUCAAGCGGUAAUGGACAGUUGACACGCUAGCGUAUGCCGGAACACUGACGACUUGAAACUCAAUGCGAUUUGUUUGUGCCUUAUAUACUGUUCUCAGUUGUUCUUUGUGAUAUAUUAAAGAGCGCACAGUCCUUUUGAUGGAAACCUUUGUGAUGCAAUAUGGUGGCACAUGACAGAACAGACUUUGUGAUGGAAGCCUGAUGCAACAUGCUAGCACGUGACACUUCCUGUUGAUUUGGAGGUAUUUCUUUUUGGAUUCGGGACAUUUCUCCGUUCACUCGUCGUCUACCGUCGACCGCGCCGUUUUGACCGGGAGGGGGGCAAAUGUGAAAAUUGCGUGCGUACGUACGGGACGAGAGUUACCGAGGUGCACGCCGGACACCGCUGCCAUCGGGGGCUUUCUGCCUAACCUUACGCCUACUAUUCACGGAUGGCACUUACUUGGUAACGCACAUGGUGUUCUUGCAAUGACUAACGAGAGUCUCUUUGUCGUCCUCUCUUUGCGGUCGGAUUGUGAUCAGCUCGAACGUGUUGGGUCGGGCGCAAAACUCUCGGUUGACCGGUUCCACACUCUUAGUGGUACAAUUGGCUAGGUUGAUACGGCCGAUGGGAUUCUGAGGAAAAAACAGGAAAAAAACUGAAAGUGCGUUUCAGAGAUUCCCGUAUGUAGACAUAAAACAUUUUCGACAAGCUCGUCGCUACGUCGAUGGCGGCCGUCGUUCCGUCCUUCGCGUCGCCGACAUUUGCCGAGACGACACUUUAGGCCAGCGUCCAAACGGCACGGCGAUGGUAAAAAGUAAAAGAUCCAUUUUUGAAUAACCCACGCACCUUUGUCUUUUCAUCAUUUGGAUACGUCCAGUAGGAGAUGCAAUUUCCCGAUAAAAUGCACCACCUUCGGUGCCAGGCUCCAAAUCCGCUGACGUCUUCAAACAUGGUCUGGAAGACAAAAAGACCGUCACUGGCAACUUUGCCUUUGUUAUCAUCAAGUGUCCCUGUACUGGAUAGUCACAGGACUGUACUGGAAUGAGUGCGGGCUUUUCCCGUGUUGAAAAGGACUCCCGGCCAAAAAGCUUCCGCCGUGUGGAUUGAUAUUCCUCGGCAGCAGCCAUCUAUUUCAACGGUGGUUGCGGCGUGGCGCUAUUAACAGUGGAAAGACGUCAAGCAACUACUAAAGAAUUAACCAACGGAUGCUACUUAGGGUUUCCAAUAUUGAUGAUACAUAAACACAGUUCAAAUUUUGCGGCCUUCCACUCCUUUCACGCAUUAGUGGCAACAUUUUUUUGAUAAGUGGACUGCGCUCACUCGUGAUCUAAAUAGCAGCGGCUUCCGUUCGCUCUCCGCGUUCAACGGCGAGAGACGUAUAGCGACGCUUGUCGGUCGGUGAGUCGUUAGGGAACCGAGAAGCCCCAUUUUUCACGUGUAUUAUUUUGGAUAUGCAGACAGCCAGCCAUUUUCAGUUGGAGGGCACUCACCAGAAAACCUUUUUCUUCCACUUUCAUGCUGACUUGGCACAGCAUCUGGAGGUAGACGUGGCCCUCCAAAGGACACAAAAAUGGGACCUUUUGGAAAAUGCACAUCAACAAUGAAAAACGGCAUCUGGCGGUGACAAACAGUCUUCAAGAUUUAAGAGCUGACCAUGUUUUUAAAUGCAAAAAAUGAAUGACUAUAUGAAUGACAAUUGGUCUUGUCAUUUAUUACAAGUGUGAAAAGGGAAAAGACUGUGUGUGGGCCUUCUCACACACACACAUGCAAAAAAAAAAAAAAAAAAAAAAGAGACAGUAAUGAAAGAAGUCACUUUGAAUGCCUUCAUGCGUUGCAAGAUGAGUGAUGAAUGAAUGAGCUGUUCUUGAAACAAGGAUAAAACCAUUCAACAGUAAUAUAAAGCAGCUGAUCAAAAUAAAAUCGUUUAGAGAUUUGACUGAGUGUCAUUUACAAUAGAAGAAAUCAAAUUGAGUCUAGAACUAGGAAAACUACAUGUUUUUUAACUGCCUAACAGAUGAAAGAAUCUGAGGCUAAAGUUGCAAAACUGCCUUUGUGUUUGCCGGUAAAAUGGAUCAUUGAAAUUUAAGACAAAAAAAAAAAAAAAAAAAAAAAUACAAUGGCUCAUAGACGGAGGAAGCGCUCUCAUUACAACCGAGGACAGGUUCUCCAAAUUUCAAGUCUUUACCUUUUCCAAAGGAAACCUUUUUGCCCCAAUAGAAGAAAGCGUCAGCUUGUGAGAUCCCACCAGGACAAAGUUGCUGGUGCGAACGGCGCCGGGGCCGCCUGGGCUCGCGACAACUUGAAAGAAAGAAAUUGGGAGUGAUAUUUGUUAAAUACCAUGGGCUUCACACUGGCUAUCCGACCCAACCAAGUUAUGUCACAGCCAGAAUUUUUUUUUUUUUUUUUUUAAAAGAUGGACAUACCUGGUGUUUGGGCGCCUUUCUGAAAAACAAAAGACAUCAGCCAAGUUGAAAAAUGCAUUUUACACAGUCGAAAGAAGACAAGCUACUGUGAAAUUGAAACCGAACAAAACCAGAGCCGUCCGUUUUUCCUCUUUUUAUUAGUGGCGGCGGGCGCGAGUAUAAUGAAUGAAGGCCUUUAUUGCACAAAGGAAUGGAAGUGCUCUUACUGUGCAAACUAUCAAAAGAAAAUAUUCCCAUUUCAAAGGUCCCUUUAUCACUAAUAAUAGGGAAAAUGACAUUUCCUUCCAUAGUUUGUGUGAAUUUCUUUCCUCUACAUUCGGGCCACAAACGUAUCACGGACUAACCGCAAAGAAACACUGCUUAGACCUUGCGUGAGCAGCCUAAACUUCUCUUCAUGUUAAAGCAAAUAUGACUGUAGUAAAUCAAGGGUCCAUAGACUCAGUGUUAUUCUUUUUGAAAAGAAGAAAAAAAACUUACCGUGAUGGCCAGAAAUCGCUUUGGCGUUAUGGCCUGAAAUAUAGGAGAAAUAGGACUUUGUCAUUUGACCUCCUAUUCCCAAACAAUUUACUCUAUGAAGCAAAACCAAGUUGACGGGCUAUUGUUGCUAACGUACCUUUGACUUGCUGGCUUUCUUCUUCUUGUCGCCACCAAUUUCACGCUUUUGAAUCUAUGGAUGUCAAAAGUCCGAGCAGAGUUAGCAUUCUCUUUUUUAUUUAAAGCCUACUUUCCGGCGGUUCCUCUAGUCAUUUAAUGAAUAUCUGGGGUUCAAAUAUUUGUACAAUAAUGUUCAUUUUAGGAAGGAUUGCGAUGUCAAAUCAUACUUUCUGCCAACAAAAGAAUGUUCCGGAUAGCACGCAAAAGUCCUCCUUUUUCGCUUUGCUCAUCGGUUGAGACGCAUUCCGCCACGACAGCUCACAAUCCUGUGGGAUCGGUGCCGAUUGUUCUUCACUUAACCCUAGCCUACAGAAAUAGCCUAACCGCUACUUCUGAGGGGCGCGGGCGGGCGGAGAGAUAAGCUGCCAUUACUCGGCGGAGGCCCCGAGCGUUCGGGUCGGAGAGGUCCGCCGCGAGCCGGAUGUUGCGCGUGACCUCGGGGUCCGACCCGAGCCGGGUGACCUCGGGGUCCGACCCGAGCCGGGUGACCUCGGGGUCCGACCCGAGCCGGGUGACCUCGGGGUCCGACCCUUCGCGUUCCGAUCCCCCGCCUAGUGGCUGUACAGAAGCGGCGCGGUCCACGGGUCGUUUUACUUUGUGGCGUUUUGGUUUACUGCACUUUUAAUGUUGAGGCUUUGAGUCCCCCCCUUUCCGCAUUUGAUACUUCCGAAGCGAAGGGCUCUCUGGCAGGCGGCCCGGCCCGUACUAAGUGACGUCGCGACCGUUCGGGAUGAGAUUUGGUCGCGUUCGUACAAAUUAGAGCUGAAACGAGUACUCGAGCAACUCGAGUAACUCGAGUUUAAAAACUGAUCCGAGUAAUUUUAUUCACCUCGAGUAAUCGUUUAUUUUGACAGCUCUAAGCAUCACGUUUUGCUAGGACUACUUUUAAUGCGGGACAACGCGCUGUCACGUGUGGAGAGGAAGAAGGGGGGGGCUUACCGCAGCCGAAAGCCGCCACAAACGACGCCGACGUUGCUAUAUACUAGCCCGCACAAUGCUACAUUGGUAACAGGUAGCGUCUGGUGCGUCUCAUAGAGAUCACAUGUAUGUUGAACUAGAUGCGAAAUGACAGACUCGGCCGCGUCUGGGCAGCGUUUGUAAACAGCCGCCAUCUUAAAGCAGUACAGCGCUAAGCGCUAAUAAAGAGCGCUAAGCGCUAAUAAAUAAGAUUAACGUUACUGUCGCUACUAGCUCACGUAACGUUAGCCCUGCGGAGGGCUAGGUUUCAAUUAAUUAUGACCACUGUCGAUGCGUGGCUAACAUGUCUUACAUACAGGCUUUAACAUAACAUAGCACUGUGGAGUGAUGAGGGUGUAAAAUAAAAACUUAAUCAUGCUAACUAUCAAUUUUAGCUCAGUAGUCAUUGCUGGAUAAAACACCAAGUAGCACUGGUCCCUAUUACAGCCUGUAUCAUACAUUUAUUUUGAACACUGCAAAAACUCAAAAUCCUAUCAGGACUUACAGUUUAGACUAACUUAAAACUUAACUAGAACUUAAAAAUGGCUUGACACAAAGAGAAAUUCAAUUGAAACACGUGGGGAAAAAAUCCUAACUUUUAAGUGAUGUGUGUUAUCAAGCGUAAUGGCAUUUUUAGGUAAUAUAUAUAUA